AUAGGAAUAAGCUGUCUACGUUCAAAGGGUUUUUUUUUUUCAGAGCGUUGAAGAUCCAACAAGUUUAUAAUCAACAGCAUCCAAUAUAACGCAGCCAUGCAGGAUUUCUCCUUGGCUGCGCUUAUCGCUGUCAGUUCCUUUAUGUACUUAUUAACAAAUGCCAACGAACUUCAAAGGAAUGUUUCAUCAUCACAAUGCAAGUCGUGCUCGUCAUGUGGAAUGCCAGGACUGCCGGGAAUGCAGGGAAGGCCUGGAUACAACGGAAUACCGGGAACCCCAGGAGUGCCGGGCUCGUCUGGUCCUUCAGGUCCGCCGGGAAGAAGUGGCGACACGGGAAUAAAGGGUCGUCAAGGAGAUGGAGGAAUCCCCGGUAAACCUGGCUUAAGAGGCCCCCGGGGGCACAAAGGGCUGACUGGAGAAAAAGGAGAAAUUGGUAGCAUGGGGGAAAAGGGCAGAGAAGGAAUUCCCGGGAAAAUUGGUCCAAGAGGCUACAAGGGCUCUAAAGGAGAAACAGGAAGCAAAGGCGGGAAUGGUGCGGGUAUCCCUGGGAUGACUGGCCCCAGGGGUCCCAAAGGAUACAAAGGAGAAAGAGGAAUCGGAACAAAGGGACAGAAAGGAGAUGGAGCAAAUAUUGUCCCCAGACAGCUGGCCAACUGGAAACAGUGCGCAUGGAGGGCAGAAACGGAUACGGACAGCGGUAAAAUAAAGGAAUGUUCUUUUAACAAACUAUACCAAAAUACGGCCCUAAAAGUCUCAUACCAAGGAAACAUUCGUUUACGCAAUUCCAAUUACAAAUGCAGCAGAUGGUAUUUCAAGUUCAACGGAAAUGAAUGCAGCGGACCUUUGCCAGUUGAUUCAGUCCUCUACACUCUUUAUAGUUCAACGCCCAACAUCCUCCGACCUCAUUUCUUUGAAGGUUUCUGUGAGAAUCUCCCGCGAGGAACGAUUCGCGUUGAACUCUGGAUAGGCAAGUGUUCCGGGUAUUCACCGGGUAACGCUUACACAGGAUGGAAUUCAGUGUCUCGGAUCAUGAUUGAAGAAGUACCACCAUCCCAGUAGUCCUGUCAUGAAAUCUGAAUAGUCAGUGAGUCUAUGGGGAGGACGUUAGCUAAAUUAAAUUAAAGCUGAAUUACUUAGAGUCGCAGUGGAAAGAUAUAUUGGGAAUCGACUUUGAUUUUUGGCAAUCAAUAUCUCAUACUUUAAGGAAAAUACCAGAAAGAAAGACUCGUUUGAAUACUCUAUUGGAUAUUUAACAAUUAUUCCACGAGCGCGCGUUGGAUAUGAGAUGAUA